AACAAGUCAUUACUCACUGGCCAAAUCUGUUUGGUCUUUCUUUACCUUCAUUGCUUUUUUCUUUCUGUUUUUGCAGAUAUCUUGUGGCUCCCUUCAGAAUGAAAAAUAGUGAAUCCAGUAGUAGCAUAAGUUUAUUUGUUUAUCUCACUCUCUUGCUUAUUUCAAAACCAUGGGGAGUAGCUGCAAGCAUAAUUCCAAAUCCAAUUUCAAACAAGCAUUACUAUUCUGCAUAUCCUGUGAUAUUUUCACCUUCCAGCCCUGUUCCUGAAAUAAAAUAUGAUGUCUUUGUUAGCUUUAGGGGUGCUGAUAUUCGCAAGAAUUUCCUUAGUCAUGUCCUCGAGGCUUUAGCACGAAAGCAAAUUGUUGUCUUUUCGGACAAGAAGCUUAAAGGAGGAGAUGAAAUAUCAGAACUUCAUAGAGCAAUUGAAAAAUCAUUCAUUUCAUUGGUCAUAUUUUCCCCAAACUUUGCAUCUUCACAUUGGUGUUUAGACGAGGUUGUGAAAAUAGUCGAGUGGAGAGAAAAAUAUGGUAGGAUACUGAUUCCGGUAUUCUACCAAGUAGAUCCCUCAGAUGUACGGCAUCAAAAUGGGACUUAUAGAGAUGUUUUUGCUCAACAUGAAAAAAACUAUGAUAUGAACAAGGUCCUAAGCUGGAGAUCUGCUUUGAAGCAAUCUGCCAAUAUGUCUGGAUUUGAUUCAUCACAUGUUUCGGAUGAUGCUAAGCUUGUUGAAGAAAUAGUUCAAAAUGUGUUGACAAAGUUGAAUCAAGUGGACCAAGGCAAGUCAAAAGGACUUGUAGGAAUUGAAAAGCAAAUUUCACCUAUAGAAUCCUUGUUACAUUUAGAGUUGGAAGAUGUUCGUGUUCUUGGAAUUUGGGGUAUGCCCGGUAUUGGUAAAACAACUAUUACUGAAGAAGUAUUUCGUAGACUACAUUCUAAAUACGAAAGUUAUUGUUUUAUGGCUAAUGUAAGAGAAGAAUCAGAAAGAUAUGGCACAAACAAUUUGAGGUUAAGAAACAAGCUUUUAUCCACUCUAUUAAAGGAAGAAAAUUUGAAAGAUGACCUGAUUAAUGGAUUACCUUCUUGGGUUAAGAAAAGGCUUAGCCGCAUGAAGGUUCUUAUUGUUCUUGAUGAUGUCAAAGAUGCAGAGCAACUAGAAGUUUUGAUUGGAACAGAUGAUUGGUUAGGACCAGGAAGUAGAAUCAUCAUAACUACUAGAGAUAAGCAAGUACUAGCUGGAAAAGUUGAUGAUAUAUAUGAGGUUGAGCCAUUGGACUCUGCUGAAUCUUUUCAACUUUUCAAUCUGCAUGCUUUUACUAAACAUGAGGAUCUUGAAAUGGAGUACUAUAAGCUAUCAGAGAAGAUGGUAGAUUAUACCAAAGGUGUCCCACUAGUUCUUAAAGCUUUAGCUAACCUUCUUUGUGGGAAAGAUAAAGACAUAUGGGAAAGCCAAGCAAGGAUUUUGAAAAUAGAGCAGAUUGAAAAUGUCCAUGAUGUUUUCAGAUUGAUAUACACUAAUCUUGAUUAUCAUGAAAAGAAUAUAUUCUUGGAUAUUGCCUGCUUUUUUGACGGAUUGAAAUUGAAUCUUGACCUCAUAAAACUUCUAUUAAAAGAUCGUCGUUAUUCCGUGAGCACUAAAUUAGACAGGCUGAAAGAUAAAGCUCUUGUAACUAUUUCUCAACAGAGCAUUGUAUCAAUGCAUGACAUUAUACAAGAAACCGCUUGGGAUAUUGUACGACAAGAGUCUGUUGAAGAACCUGGAAGCCGAAGCCGACUAUUUGAGCCUGAUGACAUUUAUCAUGUAUUGAAAGAUGACAAGGGAAGUGAGGCCAUCAGAAGUAUGGCCAUUAGAUUAUCUGAAAUUAAGGAGCUGCAGUUAAGCCCUCAAGUAUUUGCCAAGAUGAGCAAGUUGAAAUUUUUGGAUAUUUACACUAAGGGGUCUCCAAAUGAAGGUAGUCUGUGUCUUCCUCAAGGGCUUGAAUUCUUGCCUAAUGAACUGAGAUAUCUUCGUUGGGAGUAUUACCCUUUGGAAUCCUUGCCAUCCAAAUUUUCUGCAGAAAACCUUGUUACAUUGAGCUUGCCUUAUAGCCGAUUGAAAAAACUUUGGCAUGGAGUGAAGGAUCUUGUGAAUUUGAAUGUCCUGAUACUCCAUUCAUCAACACUCCUAACAGAGCUACCAGACUUUUCAAAGGCCACAAGUCUUGCAGUAAUGGACCUCCAAUUCUGUCCAGGGUUGACUAGUGUCCAUCCAUCUAUUUUCUCUCUCAAAAAUCUUAAGAAACUGGAUCUGAGUGGAUGCAUUUCCCUUACAAGACUUCAAAGCAAUAAUAACCAUUUAAGUUCCCUUAGUCAUCUCUCCCUCUACAACUGCACAUCACUGAAGGAAUUCUCAGUGACCUCAAAGAAUAUGAACGAACUGAAUUUAGAACUCACAAGUAUCAAAGAACUACCCUCAUCAAUUGGACUUCAAACCAAACUUGAAAAGUUACUUCUAGGACACACUCACAUUGAGAGCUUGCCUAGGAGCAUCAAGAAUCUUACAAGGUUGAAACAACUAGGCUUGCAUCAUUGCAGAGAGCUUCAAACUCUACCGGAGCUUCCUCUAUCGCUAGAAAUACUAGAUGCUAUUGGUUGUGUAUCACUGGAGAAUGUAGUGUUUGGUUCAACUGCUAGUGAACAACUUAAGGAAAAGAGGAAAAGGGUUAUCUUCUGGAAUUGCCUUAAACUAAAUGAGCCUUCUCUCAAGGCUAUUGGGUUGAAUGCUCAAAUUAACAUGAUGAGCUUUUCACACAAACAUAUAUCCACAUGCGAUCAUAAUCGUGAUCGUCAUCAUGAUCAUGAUCACGAUCUUAAUCAACGCAUGUACGUGUACCCAGGUAGCAAAAUUCCAGAGUGGUUGGAAUAUAGUACAACUACACAUGAUUUCAUAACUAUUGAUCUUUCUUCUGCUCCUUAUUUCUCUAGGUUAGGCUUCAUUUUUGGCUUCAUCAUUCCAACCAUCUCAUCAGAGGGUUCAAUUCUUAAAUUCAAAAUUAGUGAUUGCAAUGGCUUCAUCAUUCCAACCAUCUCAUCAAAGGGUUCAAUUCUUAAAUUAAAAAUCAAUGACUGUGAUGGUGAAGAUGAAGGUAUUAAAGUGUACUUGAACAGACCACAUCACGGAAUUGAAUCGGAUCAUGUGUAUCUAAUGUAUGACCCAAGAUUGUCUCAUUACCUAGCUAGCCGAGUCAAUGAUUGGUCAAUGAUUAAAAUUCAGGUUAGAGCAUCAUCAAGAACACCGACAUCACAGUACAUGCCAGUGCAGUUAAGAGGAUUUGGUGUUAGCCUAGUAACCCCUUCACUAUAUGACAAGUUUAAACAGCAAUUGGAAUUUGGUGAUGAUAGUGUUGUUCCGGAUAAUACAUGUCCAGUGGAAGAGAGAUCGAUAUUGCAGGCUUUGAAUUUGCUAAAGUAAAUUGGAACAUGAAAUCUGUCUUUGAUUGAAUAAUAGUCUUUGUGGCAGUAUGUUAUAUGUAUUGCUGUGAAGUAAGUUUAUUUGGUGUUUUAUUAACUUGUUUUCGAUCCUUAUUGUUUUGUUUCAGAGCUUACAAAAUUUCUAGAGGCAAGAUUCAGUAUACAUAAUAAUAUACUAUGUACUAGUGGUUUAGCAAAUCAAUGUAUACUCACCUCGAUAUAACUUUGAGACGCUUCAAUUCAACACUGGUUUGUUUAUCCUUCUGCAGUGCCUUUACUCGAAAAUUAUUUCAAUGAUCAAUGACAAUGCAGAUCUGUUUGUAUAAACAACUUAAUUAAGUGCAUACAAAUUAGAAUAUAAUGGUCCGUUUGGAUUGGCUUAUUGUUUAGCUUAUGCAAAACAACUUGUGCAAAUAAAUAAGUUUUUGUGUAUUAUUAUAAGUUUUUCAAAGUAGUUUAUGAAAAAACAGUUUAUAAAGACACAAUUUUUGUUAGUGAAAACAUAUGAAUUAACAUAAAAGUUUAUUUGUUUGCAUAAGCUAUUUUCAUAAGGUCAAAAAAUAAGCCAAAUUCAAAUGGCCCCAAGUGUUUAUCACCAAAUGCUUAUGUAUAAGUCAUUUCUAUAACAAAAGAUAAAAUAAAACCAAAUUGUUUUCAUAUAAGCAAUAAGCUAUUUUUAUUGGACAGCUUAUUUUUAUAAGCUAUAAACUAUUUUGGCGAGCUUAUAAGCUAUAAGCUGAAAACAACUUAUGGACAUGUCAUAAACUGUUGUUUUCAUAAGCUCUUCCAAACAGUCUCAAAGUGCUUAUGGUAUGAAUUGUGAUAAUAAUAUGAUAAUUUAAAAACGGAUAAUCAUUUCAUCUAGAAA